AUGCAGGAUGCUGAAUGGGAACCGGUGAAGAAGGUGUUGGAGGAGUUUAUGGAGUACUUGGAGCAACAUAAUGAUAAGUUUGACGCGUACGCUGCCAAUUGUGAAAAUACAGGUUGGAAUGAUUUCACUCCAGGUGCACACCAUACGGGGCAAACGGUGGCAGACGUCAUGCGGUGCAGGAUCAUGUCCGGUGCGUUGUGGUUUGCCAACGGCUUCGGGAUCAAUAAGGCAGAAUGGGACAACAACAGUGCAACAGAUACGGAAAUGUACGACAAACUAAGGUGUGAGGUGGCUCAUGUCUUCGGCCACUUACUCAAAACUAUGUACUGCAAGAACCACGGAGGAUACAAGAGAGGUGUAGAGUAUGCAUGGGAAACAUUCAGAAGCAUGCACGAUUCAGGCCAAAGUGGACAUGGUACAUUGCGGGGUCCUGUUAUAGACGGCAAGUGUACAGCAUGCGGGUAUGGAAAGGACAAGAGGCAUAUAACAGCAAUAAAUUUGGCGAUAGCACAGUGGUUAAUGGGAGAAGGACACAUAAGUGCUGAAAUAGCACAAAUGCAAGAUGCCAUGCCAUGUAAUAAAAAUUGGCAAGAGUAUCUUAAGGAGGGGGCCACACCAGGGCAGACUAUCAAAGAAAGUGUGAGCGAAGCAGGAAAGGCGAAGAUAACGGACGCACACGCGAAGAUGACAGGAACAGUGAAAAAGAUAAUUGAGAAAGUGCAGACAGCAGAGGAACAUAUAAAGGACGCAGCAACGAAGAUAAUUGAGAAAGCAAAGAAGGCACCUGAGGACGCGAAGGACGCGCAAAACACGACAGCUCCACCGAAAUCCCCACCACCGGAGAAGACGGAAGACACCCCAGCGGCACCGGCAGCACCGGCAGGAUCACCAGGUCGAUCAGAUCAAGCAGCUGGGGAAACGCGCGACCCAGCAUCAGCACACGUACCACAACCCCCACCUGCGGCACGACCGGUCACAGGGGACGGCCCAGGUCAGGGACCUGGACCUGGACAACAACCCCCACCUCCACCACCCCGACCACCAACAGGUAAUACGUGUACAGAGGGUUCUACCAGUACGAAUACACAGGGAUCCGGCGUUAGCAUAAGCCUUGGGUGUACCUCAGACAAGGAGUUAGGACUUCCAGACAGUGUACCUCCAGAUCCCCCAGGUCCAACACCAGGUACUGGAACUACACAGAUCACGACAGGUAACGGUCAGCAGGAUUCACCGCCGGAACCAUCCAGCAUACCCACAACAAAGGGAGAUGACGGAAACGCGGGUACACCAGGUGUACCAGGUCGAUCUGGUGAGGCAGGUGAACGGGGUGAAACAAGUACACCGGUUGUAGAUGGCGGUAACGAUGACCCCCCUCCUCUCAAUCCACCCAAACCAAAACCAACAACGCCAUCCCAGCAUCCCAAUCAGGCGGGCGCAACCAGCAGCGGCGCCGCCGGCAGUCCGACUGCUGCUGGUACUUCCCCGGAUGGUGGCUCUGGUGGUGCAGUUGGUGGUGGUGGAGGAGGUAGUAGUGGUGGUGGAGGGGGAGGAAGUGGAAGUUCCUCAUCCUCCGGACCUGGUUCUAAUGGGGCCCAACCCCCUGGUUCCUCCACACCCGGAUCCGCGGACACUGUGAAUCCAGGUUCCUCCGGCACUGGCUCAACGGGACUAACGCGUAAUGAGAAUAGUGAAAUAAAGCCACCAUCGCCAGAGAAUUUACCCGCGGAUACCGCCAUCAACCCUUCCGUUCCGCCCGGCAUCACACGGGAAGACGUCAAGCCCUACACCCCCGCGAUCAUUCCCGCGGUUGUUGGUAUUGGAAUCAUUGCGUUCUUCCUCUGGAAGUAUUUUGCGUACCUCGGACAAAGACGACGACGAACAUAUCGAACCGUUCGUGACGUGCCGUCACCGCCACUCGACGAAGACAUAUUGGACCAUCUACAACGCGGCGAACUGCCGCCACCCGAUUACGGGUACACCAUGGUUAGGGAACGACGCCGCGAUAAAUUUGCCGACCGACGACGACGCGCCCCACGCGUGCAUAAGCGCACGAUUAUCGAGCUACAUCUAGAAGUGCUCAACGAAUGUGAAGUGGCGGCAUGGGAAAACGUCAAAGACGACUAUUGCCAGAUACUUGUGCACCCGUUUAUGGGGGGCAACACCACGGGUACAAGUAGUUCGCAUGUCUGUACCACACACGACGAUUCAAUAACCGACACUUCGAUAACCCCGGAUGAACCCAUUGCCUCCUCACCAUAUCAAUGUCCACGUAACGCCGAUAACCCCGAUCCAUGGAAUUGUAUGGAAACCAUAGAGUUAGAAACGGACCCUUGUGCACCGAAUGAACACGACCCCGAUCCAUGGAGUUGUAUGGAAACUAUACAAUUACAACCGGACCCUUGCCCACCGAACGCAGGCCACCCCGAUACAUGGAGUUGUAUGGAAAAGAUACAGUUAGAAACGGACCCUUGUCAACCUAACGCAGAGGACCCCGAUCCAUGGAGUUGUAUGAAAAACAUACAGUUAGCAACGGACGCUGCUCCACGUAACGCAGAGGACCGAUGGACUUGUAUGGAACAUAUCGACUUAGAUGCAGAACAGAGUCGUACUCAUUGCGACCACGGUGACGCGACGUUGGACUGCAUCCCUUGGAUUAACUGGAUUGACCGCAACAAACGCAUAUUGCGCGCGUGCACGACGCAGCCGUGGUUUUUGCAAUUAACAGCAGAUUGGAAAAAAUACGUGCGUGAGCACAUGGCGGCAGACGCGGACAACGGACAACGUGCAUUCGGUGAGGCACCCACCCCGCCGAUGAAGAAACUGGAUGCAUGGAAAGCAUGGGUUGCAAAGCAACAUGCGCUUAUGAAUAUAUAUGGUGAGGAGGAGUGGUUUCAACGUUUGUUACAACAUAUCGAGGAGGAGACAGCAUCGCAAAACGGCGAAGUACCUGUAGUGGAACAUGUAAUGCCAGCAGCAGACUUGCUACAAGUGAGAAAUUUAUCGCUGUCGCAACCACUGCAUCCGCAACCUUACAUGACAAAACCGGUAACCGCUACAACAUGGAUACUGAUCCUGGCAUUAGUCAUAGAACAGUGCGAGCUCGAGAAUAGUAUGCAAGAGACGGAGUUAUAUGUGGAUGCUUUAUUACAGAAUAUGCGACAUUAG